CAGACAUUCCCUGAAGAGCUGCCAUGUCUGGGAAUUCUGCCCCUUCCUCAGAACAGAACAACAACAACUAUGAAACCAAAACAAAUCUACGAAUGUCAGAGAAGAAAUGUUCGUGGGCAUCCUACAUGACCAACUCCCCGACCCUCAUUGUUAUGAUUGGCUUACCAGCCCGGGGCAAAACCUACGUGUCCAAGAAACUCACACGCUACCUCAACUGGAUUGGGGUGCCCACCAAAGUGUUUAAUCUUGGGGUGUAUCGGCGUCAAGCGGUCAAGUCCUAUAAAUCCUAUGACUUCUUCCGGCAUGACAACGAGGAGGCCAUGAAGAUACGCAAACAGUGUGCUCUGGUUGCACUGGAGGAUGUGAAGGUGUAUCUCACGGAGGACAGUGGGCAGAUUGCGGUGUUUGAUGCUACCAAUACCACUCGAGAGAGGAGGGCCUUGAUUCUGAACUUUGCCGAGGAGAAUUCCUUCAAGGUGUUCUUUGUGGAAUCCGUCUGCGAUGAUCCCGAUGUCAUUGCUGCCAACAUCCUGGAGGUAAAGGUGUCGAGCCCUGACUACCCUGAAAGGAACAGGGAGAAUGUGAUGGAGGACUUCCUAAAGAGAAUUGAGUGCUACAAAGUCACCUAUCAACCCCUUGACCCAGACAACUAUGACAAGGAUCUUUCUUUCAUCAAGGUGAUAAACGUGGGCCAGCGAUUUCUAGUGAACAAAGUCCAGGACUACAUCCAGAGCAAGAUCGUCUACUACCUCAUGAAUAUCCAUGUCCAUCCUCGCACCAUUUACCUUUGCCGGCACGGAGAGAGCGAGUUCAAUCUCUUGGGAAAGAUUGGGGGUGACUCAGGCCUGUCGGUGCGGGGAAAACAGUUUGCCCAGGCUCUAAGGAAGUUUCUGGAGGAACAGGAGAUAGCAGACCUCAAAGUGUGGACAAGUCAGUUGAAGAGGACUAUCCAGACCGCUGAAUCUCUGGGGGUGACCUAUGAGCAGUGGAAGAUUCUGAAUGAGAUUGAUGCUGGCGUGUGCGAGGAGAUGACUUAUGCGGAGAUUAAGGAGCGGUACCCAGACGAGUUUGCGCUUCGAGAUGAAGAGAAAUACCUGUAUCGAUAUCCUGGAGGGGAGUCGUACCAGGACCUGGUGCAGCGGCUGGAACCUGUCAUCAUGGAGCUGGAGCGUCAGGGCAACGUCCUCGUCAUCUCCCACCAGGCUGUCAUGCGCUGCCUCCUGGCCUACUUCUUGGACAAGGGUGCAGAUGAGCUACCGUACCUGAGGUGCCCUCUCCAUACCAUCUUCAAACUUACUCCUGUAGCCUACGGCUGCAAAGUGGAAACAAUUAAACUUAACGUGGAGGCUGUGAACACUCACCGUGACAAGCCAACUAACAACUUCCCCAAGAACCAAACCCCUGUAAGGAUGAGAAGGAACAGCUUUACGCCUCUGUCCAGUUCGAAUACAGUAAGGCGUCCAAGAAAUUACAGUGUUGGGAGCCGGCCCCUCAAGCCCCUCAGCCCUCUCCGUGCCCUGGACAUGCAAGAAGGGGCCGACCAGCCGAAGACCCAAGCGGAGACCUCGCUGGCUGUGCAUAGGCUCUCCUCUCCGGCCUCCCCCCCAUUGCUCUCCUGAUGAUGUGAAGGCUGAGGCCAGACCUCUCCGGGAGACUAGCCUACUGAAAAACUUGGCAUGUCAGCUCCAAAGGGGCCUGAACAGGAAGUUCAGUGGGGAUUGGACAUUCGGGGCCACCCAAAUGAGCCCUGAAAAAGCUGCACCACAUUUCUUCCCCUCAUGCCUAAUGGGAAUAUCAGUUACACCGAAAAACUUGACUUCCCUGUGCCUCAAAACGUUUCACAGCCUGACCCAAUUUCGUUUUGAUCAUCUCUUUGCUAGGUUUGGCCCAAGUUGGUCAAUCCUGUUCCAUUUUGGCAUUUAACAUCUGACCUGUGACUGUAUCCCUAGCUGGCUUUCUUUGCCUAAUGUGCAAAUGUACCCCUUCAGAUUUAAUUGUUUCCAAGUGAGAGGGCUGAACUCCAGCAAACCAUUUCUGUGCUGUAAGAGCUGGUCUCUACAUCCACUCCAAGUGUGGUGCAGGCUAGGGUACAAUAUACAUAGGUUUGCGGUCACUUUUUUGUCACAUUGGAAACGAGACAAAUUCACCAGGUGAAUGGAGGGUAUCUGAGAAAUUCAGUCCCUAAAACGUCUCUUCUGUGGUGAUGGAAGAGCAGAAUCAGUAGCAACCUUUUUGUUUAGAGAAGUUUUUCUUGUUUCAGGCCCAUCUGACUACAAGACUCCACAAAAUGCGUACCCUUCUGAGUUCUCUUUUGUAGCUACUAUAUUUUCUACCUGAUACUGUGUGCCUCUCAAAGCUGAAGAGGGCUGACGUCAUCCUUUCUGGUGGUUGGAAAUGAGGGCUGGAGAGAAAAGUAGGGUGCCAUUUGGAUCACAUGAAGAAGUAAAAGAAGUUUCCUUGGGAAUCAACUCUCCCAAGGAGUUCUUUUGGUUUCAGAACAGGUGCAGGGAGACAUGCCCUUCUGAGGAGUCUGCUACCGUGAUAUGGUCUCUAAGAAAGCUGUGGUUAUGACUUCAAGAGCAUCUGGUCUUCUAAUCCCUUCCUCUUAGCUAAUUGUCACUAUUGUGGUCUACUGGUCUCUUAUGUAGAACCUUGGGGGAAUGCGAUGGGGGGAAACCAAGCCCUCAAUGCAUUAAUCAUGUGGUUUCCCUUAAAGAUAAACCAGGUAAUUAUUCCUUAGAUCAGUGAUUGUCAAAUGUACAAAUAUGUCCCUGCAGAUGCGAUUUUAAUACGUCACUACUCCUGAAGGAAGGCAUGGAAGCUCCCAAGGAUACUAUAUCUUACAAGCAAAAUCCUUUUUUAUUUUUAAAGAAUAGUAAGUUAUUAGCUUUUAAAAUUUUGUUCCCCUUUUCAUUCAGAUGCCCACUUGCUGGUCAGGAGGGUGAGUAGCAAGAAGAGUAGUGCAAUGCAAUUUUCCCGAAUGGUUCUUGUAUACUGUGGAUGAUACAGGACCCUGUUGCCUAAGAUGUGAUGCGCUGGGCUGCUGGCAGUUCAGCAACCAACUAGGAGCUUAUUUUAAGUGCACAAAGCUGCCUUCAGAAAGUCUCCUGACCCUGCUCUGUAGCAGGUAAUUUUCAUCUAGCUGCUCAUAGCAUGUUGUACUGUAAUGAUUUUGUUCUUGUGAUGCUGGUUUCUUUCUGCAUCUAAAUACACUGUCUUUUGAUGAUCUGAUAAAUGUUUUUAUGUUUUUAUUUAGUUAUUUAUUCAUCCAUGUAAG